GUGGAGCUUGUGUGUUGAAAUGAAGUGAAAAUCUGGGCACUGAGAGCAGCCAUUUUACGAGUCGAAGUAGUUCAUACUUAACGUUUUCGUACUGUUUAUUAAAUACUUAACACAAUUAAGGGUAGUGUCAGCUGGGAGACUUUGGGAUUGUAGAUAGUGGUUUGGACGAAAAAGUGUACCCGAAAAAUAUGUGUGUGUACAAGUUGUGUUGACAUAGGACGGUGACAUUUCAGUUCUCUUCGCUGUUGUAACCGAGAAACACUUGGUGCUUGGGGCGGAGUGCGGGUUAUAAAUUGGAAGCCCUGGAAGGUUUAAAAGUACACACCAUGGGCAAUAAUGCCGCUACGGCGAACAAAAAAGUGGACUCAGCUGAGAGUGUGAAGGAAUUUCUCGACCAGGCUAAGGAGGAUUUCGAGGAGAAAUGGAAGAAGAACCCGACAAAUACGGCCGCUUUGGAUGACUUCGAGAGAAUCAAGACCUUGGGUACUGGCUCCUUUGGAAGGGUAAUGAUAGUGCAGCACAAACCCACCAAAGAGUACUAUGCCAUGAAGAUACUGGAUAAACAAAAGGUUGUCAAACUUAAACAGGUGGAACAUACCCUCAAUGAAAAACGCAUUCUGCAAGCCAUAAGUUUUCCAUUCCUUGUAAGUCUGAGAUUUCAUUUUAAAGACAAUUCAAAUCUUUACAUGGUGCUUGAGUAUGUGCCUGGAGGAGAAAUGUUUUCACAUUUGCGAAAGGUCGGUCGUUUUUCAGAGCCCCAUUCAAGGUUCUAUGCUGCUCAGAUAGUGCUGGCCUUUGAGUAUCUCCAUUACUUGGAUUUAAUUUAUAGAGAUUUAAAACCAGAAAAUUUACUUAUAGAUUCACAGGGUUAUUUAAAAGUAACAGAUUUUGGCUUUGCCAAAAGGGUAAAGGGUCGCACCUGGACUCUUUGUGGAACUCCUGAAUACCUGGCCCCUGAAAUUAUUUUAAGCAAAGGUUACAAUAAGGCUGUAGAUUGGUGGGCUCUGGGGGUACUAGUUUAUGAAAUGGCGGCAGGGUAUCCUCCAUUUUUUGCUGACCAGCCAAUUCAAAUUUAUGAAAAAAUUGUAUCAGGAAAAGUCAGAUUUCCAUCACAUUUUGGUUCUGAUUUGAAGGAUCUUCUACGUAACCUCUUGCAAGUAGACCUUACCAAACGUUAUGGCAACCUCAAGGCUGGAGUCAAUGACAUUAAAGGUCACAAAUGGUUUGCCUCGACUGAUUGGAUUGCAAUAUUUCAGAAAAAAAUUGAAGCACCUUUCAUACCCAGAUGUAAAGGACCUGGUGACACAAGUAAUUUUGAUGACUAUGAGGAGGAGGCAUUGCGCAUCUCAUCAACGGAAAAGUGUGCUAAAGAGUUUGCAGAGUUUUAAAUGAGUAUUGUGUUUGUUGCCAGUAGCAUCUUCCAGCAUCUGCCCUGUGCUUUCGCGAUGAUUGACGUCUCUGCAUUAUCCAUCACCACCAAUCAAACGUUAUUUAUUUAAUAUGGAUAUGGGGAAUCUGUACCUAGCCACAGGUACAGUAAAUAAUCAGAUUAAGUAUUAUACAAGAUGGAGAAGUAUGUAAUUGUAUUAAUUUUUAGUUAGUCAUUGUUGUAAAUAUUGUAAAAUAUGAAAUUUAACUAAAGUAGUUCUCUUACACUAUUUACAUUAAAUAGUGCUCUUUUUUUAUUAUCUAAGUGCAGAGAUUUCAAUCUAAUUUUAGAAUAUAAUAUAUUAUCUAAUUUCCC